AUGUCAUCAGACUUGGACAGGCAAAUUGAGCAGUUGAAGAGGUGUGAGCCUCUGAGGGAGUCUGAAGUGAAGGCUCUUUGCCUCAAAGCCAUGGAAAUCCUCGUCGAAGAGAGCAACGUUCAAAGGGUCGAUGCUCCUGUCACCAUAUGUGGUGAUAUUCACGGUCAGUUUUAUGACAUGAAGGAGCUUUUCAAAGUGGGAGGGGAUUGCCCCAAGACUAACUAUUUAUUCCUGGGAGAUUUUGUCGAUAGAGGGUUUUACUCAGUUGAAACAUUCCUUCUUCUGCUCGCCCUUAAGGUGAGGUAUCCUGAUCGGAUAACACUCAUUAGAGGAAACCAUGAAAGCCGUCAGAUCACUCAGGUAUAUGGAUUCUAUGAUGAAUGCCUUCGAAAGUAUGGUUCAGUCAAUGUAUGGAGAUAUUGUACUGAUAUAUUCGACUACUUAAGUUUGUCCGCUUUAAUUGAAAACAAGAUUUUCAGUGUUCAUGGGGGUCUUUCUCCUGCAAUUUCAACACUGGAUCAGAUUCGAACUAUUGAUCGGAAGCAAGAAGUACCUCAUGAUGGUGCCAUGUGUGACCUCUUAUGGUCAGAUCCUGAAGAUAUUGUGGAUGGAUGGGGUCUCAGUCCCCGUGGUGCUGGUUUCUUAUUUGGUGGCAGUGUUGUUACUUCCUUUAACCACUCCAACAACAUUGACUAUAUAUGUCGUGCACAUCAGUUGGUAAUGGAAGGAUAUAAAUGGAUGUUCAAUAACCAGAUAGUUACUGUCUGGUCUGCUCCAAAUUAUUGCUAUAGAUGUGGUAAUGUAGCUGCAAUUCUGGAGUUGGAUGGAAAUCUUAAUAAGCAGUUCCGCGUUUUUGAAGCUGCUCCACAGGAAUCAAGAGGGACACCUGCAAAGAAACCAGCACCGGAUUACUUCCUAUGA